AACGAAAUCAUAAGGGAACAAAAAGCAACUUAUCUUGUUUGGGAAAAAAGAGAUUUUACUACCAAAAGGAUGCGAUAUUGUUGAUACUCACCUAUAUUACAUAAGAAAGCAAAUACCUGUUAUUUACAUACAUAAUAUUUGCAUACUAGUGACUGGUCUAAUGCCACCUACCCGGUAUUCCUAGGGACAAUGGCGGAUGUUCUCUAGGUGGAACCAAGACAUCCUCACGAACAACACACGAUUUCUUCCCUAUGGCAGACCUUCAGAGUGAUAUCGGUAUACCUUCGAAUCCUGACCCUCUCAGCAGUAGUAGCAGUACUCCCUCCCAUCAGCCGGCGCCAUCUAGUGGCCAGCCAGAGGAACUGCAGGGAGCCACUGCAUCCACCACCCCAGGGAACAUGGCCCUCCCCUCCCCAGCUGCAGCCAGCCCCAGCACACCCACACCUCCCCAGCCCAGGAAGAAAACUCCCAAUGACUUCGAGUUCGGCAGAAUAUUAGGAGAGGGGUCCUACUCAACAGUGGUUUUGGCAAGGGAUGUCAACACAGGAAAGGAAUAUGCAAUUAAAAUUCUGGAGAAGAGGCACAUAAUCCGAGAGAAGAAGGUUCCAUAUGUGACCAGGGAGAAAGAUGUCCUCAGUAGACUCAACCACCCCUUCUUUGUCAAGCUGUACUUCACUUUCCAAGAUGUGGAGAAAUUGUAUUUCGGUCUAAGUUAUGCCAAGAAUGGCGAGCUGCUCCCGUACAUCCAGAAGCUGGGCUCGUUCGAUGAGGAGUGCACCAGAUUUUACACAGCAGAAAUCAUCCUGGCGUUGGAGCAUCUACAUGGUCUGGGUAUCAUUCACAGGGAUUUGAAACCAGAGAAUAUCCUGCUGGAUGAACACAUGCACAUUCAGAUCACAGACUUUGGAACAGCAAAGAUUCUAGACCCUGGUAACAAUCAAGUGAGAGCCAACUCCUUUGUAGGAACUGCACAGUACGUUUCACCUGAGCUGCUCACUAACAAAGCUGCUUGUAAAAGCUCUGACCUGUGGGCUUUGGGUUGUAUCAUCUACCAGAUGGUGUCAGGGUUGCCACCAUUUCGAGCUGGCAAUGAGUACCUAAUAUUCCAGAAGAUUCAGAAGUUAGAGUAUGACUUUCCUGAUGGUUUCAACUCUAAAGCUCAAGACUUGGUGAAGAAACUACUGAUUCUGGAGCCGACGGAACGGUUGGGUUGCGAGGAGCGGGGGGGAUACCCGAGCCUGAGGGGGCACCUGUUUGUGGAGGGGAUUGAGUGGGACACCCUCCCCCACCGGACCCCCCCUCGGCUGCUGCCCUACCUACCAGCAAACUCCCCUGAUGCUCAGGACUUGCGCAGUGACUUUGUUAGCGCCAAAGAGUUUGACAAGCGGCUGGACGACAUGUCGAUAUUCUGCGACCUCCACGGUCUGGAGAUCUCAUCCGAGCUCAAACAGAAGGAGGCGGCCGCCAUGGAGAAAGUACAAGUGCAGGAAAGAAAAAGCAGCGCAGAUAACACUCCCAAGGCCGUGAAGCCCAAGUACCGCAUACUCCCACACUCCAACAGACUAGAACUGAACAUAGAUAACGAAGAGAGACAGAGGAUCGUGCAGAAACAAAGACGAGAAAACAAAUGGCACCAUUUUGUAGAGGGUAACAUCAUCUUGAAGAUGGGCCUCACAGACAAGAGAAAGGGUCUGUUUGCAAGAAGAAGACAACUGCUCCUGACAGAAGGGCCACACCUGUACUAUGUAGACCCUGUUAACAUGGUGUUAAAGGGAGAGAUACCUUGGUCACCUGAGUUGAGACCAGAGGCCAAGAAUUUCAAGACCUACUUUGUCCAUACGCCUAACCGAACGUACUACCUAGAGGACCCGGACGGUUACGCACUCCAGUGGUGCAAGAAGAUCGACGAAGUCCGGCGAGCUGCUUAUCCAGAAAUCAACCGCGAUGAAGAAAAGAGAUAACAACUUUGGUCUCUCUCUCCUUGCCCCUUCCUUGCAAUACAUAAAGUACAAUAUGCAGAGUACUUCCAUUCCUCUAAACUUUACAGGGAUGCCCAUUCUAGUAUUGAGAAAUAAGAUUGCUUCUAGGGAAGUCUGUCGAUAAAGAAACUAGAAGCAAUGCGUAAAAAGAAAACUAUGUUCGACUAUGUGAAGAGUGCUAGGGUAGCUUAUCCAGUUGGAGCAAUAUAGGCAAAAUGGCUGUCAGCUUUGUAGGAAUAUACAACUUGAAUAGACAGCUGUAUAAUUAAAGCGUCCAGGGCCCAUAGGGAAUAACACACUCUUUGAAGUAUACAUGCUGCUUCUUGCAAUAGGACUUGUUCGUACCCUUCCAAGCUUCAUCCCCAAGAACUGCAUUUUUGGCUGAAUGUUUUUGUCUGGCUUUAGAUGGCAAAAAAGCGAAUUACAGAAAGAGAAAAGCAGAAACAUUUGCACAUUUGCUGUGUGAGAACAUAAGUUGGCACAUAUAGUAUGGGUAGAGUAUGGACAUCUCAGCAGUGAUGUUUUGAGAGAAACAUACACUACUGAACAAUAUCUCUUGUCUGUGUAGCACAUGGUAGAAUCUGUGCUGUGUCUAGCAUCUGUGUUUGGUAACGCAAAUAGGAAAUUCACAGAGAUACAUUUAGCUUCUUGCUCUGUAACAUUUGUCAAACAUACAAGUUUACAUAGUGAAGGUAUAUCUUACAUCUCUAUCUUUGGACAGCUGUGUUCUCUGUAAGAUCAGUCUUGUCAUAUCCACAACUUUGGAUGUCCGUCAUAGCGUGUCUCACUUGCACGAUAGAGCACUGUUAUGGCACAAUGAGUCACAAGCUUACAUAUCCAAUACCUCACGAUACAGUACGUUUCCCGCUAGCUACGCUGCUACACUAUCCACUGGUGAUUAGCGUUAGGCUACCUCACAACUCUACAGAAUAUCAGUACGGUAACGUGUACCUCCACAUAGAAGACUACCUCUUUCUGUGACAGACUCCUGGCCAACCAUCACAUGCCUAGUUUUGCUUUCCAACUCUCUUAGUUUUGUAUAAGCUGUUUCAUGGUUUGAACUUGGCAUGUGCAGGUCAAAGGUUAAGGCCCCUAAGUUGUAAACAGUUAUUGUCUAGAUACAUGCAUAUGCUUGAUCGGGAUUUCACCUUUGACAUAUUACCCACAAUGCACUACACUGGACAUGCACAGUUUAAACCACGAGCCAGCUUAUAGUGCAGCAACUGUUGUUUUUGACAACACCACAUGAGAUAUGUGUUUUUUUUUAAUAUAGCAGCACUGGUAUACUACGCUUGUGCUGUUCGUCAACAAUUGAAGGUUGUGUAAUCUCGAACCACAGAUCAACAGAGUAGUAUGGCUUGCAGGACUUGCAAAGAAAAUGCUAGAAUUUCCAAACAAUUAGCCAUCUUUCUUCAGUGAAGUGUAUAGUGCCACCCUGCAUUGAAAUUCCUGAUAUUUCUAGAUAUUCUGUGGGGUUGAAAUCUAUCUUUGACGUGUACAAAGACAGAAAGUAGAAAUGCUGUGAGUUAAUACAGUUUUAAGCUGACUACAUGGGAUACUGAUGCUCAUAUAGGGAACAGUUAUAAUAGGGAAGAAAUAGCCAUCUAAACAUGUUUCAAUAAAAAUAAAAGGAGAGAUACAAAGUGUAGAGACAUGCAAUAAAUCUUUAUAUCUUGCUGACAAACAGAACCCUUAGGCCUUGCCUACAUGUGAAAUAUGUUUGUGUGUAUAAUGUUGGUAUUUCUAUUGUAAGGUAAGUGUGUUUGCAGUUUUGAAGCUGUAGAAAUUGUAUCGUAUGAGUUAUAUCAUAAAUGUUAUUGAUUAUGUGGCAAGAAAAACAUCCUAUAAUGUUGUGGCUGUGCUUAAUCUGUGUUUAAGGAUUUGAUGGUAGUCAGAGCUCGAUGUAUCAAGUUCCUUUAGUCCUACACAUUGUACAUGUAGUUUUGAAUAUAUAUGUGGCCAGGCCAUCGUAUUCUAGCUCCAGUUGUAUCUCUGAUUGCUUAUAUGUAGCGUAGUCUACAUCUUAUUUUCAACUGCAAACUUUAAACCACUGCAAACACUCUAUUUAAUCCCCUUGAACUUAAAGGCAUUUACAAAUGUACAGUAUUUGGCAGGAUGCAAUCAGAAGAGAGGACUGGUGCCAGAAAAGCAUGGAUACCAGGCUAGUAUACUGUACUGAGUUUUCCUCUAAAUGUAUUCACUGUUGUUAUAUUCAUGCAAUCUU